AUGGGCCAAAGCCAUUCGCAUGAGAAUCCUCGCCGUCGAUCCCACGAGGACUUGGCGCACGAGCUUGCAUCGAAAUUCAAGGACCUGUGCUUCACUUCGCUUGAAUACUACUCGCUUCGAGAUGUGUUCAAGAGCCUGGCCGAUCAGCAGGGGUCCAUACGAUACCUCAGGGAGGAUACCAUCGCCAGGUAUCUCGAGAUCCCUGACGUCCUAGGCGCAUCACCCGUCGUCUUUCAAAUGGUUUCCUACCUGGGCGCAUUCCCUUUUCUGCAGGAUGCCCCCGUCGUGUUGGAGCUACCGCAUGUGGUCAUGGUGAUAGUCAUCAUGACGGAGCGGUACAAGCGCGUUUUGGCCAGGGGUUCAACCGACAGGACCAAGCUCAUUUUCAACAGCCUAGCCGUGUAUGAUCGCAAGGCCUCUGAAAUCGAAGCUUCGCCUGCGCUGACAGUGCCUGAGGACGACGCCCCCAAGGCAACCAUCGGAGCAGGCUUUACAGUUGAUCUUGCUGGCCAGGACGAAACGUACGACGAAGACGAAGACGACUUGGUCCUCACGGCGUAUGAGUUACUCGACAUCACCGAGGCCGCGAGGCAGGGCAAUGCUCCCGCGUUCCACGGCGCCAUCAUUCCGACGGAUAACCUGCGCAAACUGCUCAUGCUUCUCCUAUUGGCCGCUCCGCUGGACGCGCAGGAGAGCCUGUCGCAGUACUCGGAUCGUGUUACCGGAGACGAGCUCGAGCGGCUGCGUGCCACAGCAGAGUGUAUCCUGGCUGCGUUUGUGGACGUCGAGACGGCACCAGGCAUCAAGUACGGACGGUUCAAGAAGAUGAUACCGACAUUAUUCCCCAACCUAUUCAGCAGCUUCAACGCUCUGUUUGAGAAUUUCCUCUUCUCCAAAAACCUGGAUUUUUCGAAACAUCGAGACGACGGUGGCGGCAAACCGGAGACGGCUGCUCCCAAGCCCGCUCAGCCACUGCUAUCCGACAAGGGCGAUUUACUGAACAGCCACAUGUUGUCGCAAAUAUCACUAUUCCUUCCUGGCUCGUCCCUGUUCCGCCGUGUUCGACGCUUAUACUCGGGAAGCGACGCUGGCUUUUCCAUGGGCAGCUUCGAGUCCAAGGUCUUUCAUUGGCGAGCGCCCACCAUCCUCCUCGUCAGCGGCACAAUACUGUCCGACGUCCCCCGUGGCGGCCAGGAAGCAUCUUUCGCAGAGUUGCUUCCUGCGAAACGGUUCCGCAAAGGCAGCAACGGGGGGCGGGUCACCUAUGGCGUCUACCUCCGCGAACCGUGGAAACACACGUAUAAAGAAUGUUUUGGCGAUUCAGAAACCGUCCUGUUCCAGCUCGAACCCGUGCACGACGUGUUUCCCGCGUCGACCAUCAACACCGACUAUGUUGCCUUCACAAGGACGCCCGGAAACCAGUCGUGUCUGUCAUUCGGCGCGCCACAUGCGAAACCCCGAAAAUCCUCUCGUCAAGAUGCUCAUUACUCUUUCGGGGCGGUGUCCCUCCUACUCAGCGACUCGUUCGAGUUUGGCGUCUUCAACCACGACUACACCUGCCGCGGCGGCGCCUUUCACAGCAGCGUCUCGAGAAAAUUCGACUUUCAAGAUCGCUUUGAAAUAGAUCAACUUGAAGUAUGGGGCUGCGGUGGCGAAGCCGAGGCUAGGAUUCAAGUCGAGAGAUGGGCGCAGGAGGAAAGAGAUGCCGAGGCAAGGAGAAGGAUCAACCUGGGCACGGGGGAUAUCGAGGCCGACAGAGCGUUGCUGGAAAUGGUUGGUCUGGUGGGUGGAAACCGCAGUGGCGGGUCUAUGGGUUAG